CAGGAUGUCGCUGCACGGAAGCAGCUCGCCCGUGCUCCCGCUGCUCGUGUUCUCGCUGCUCCUGCUGUCUCCCCCGGGGACACUCGCCGGCGGCGAUGGCGGCCCGCCGUCCAAGCCCAUAGUGACCCCCAUCUCCAAGGACGGCUCCACCUCGCUCUACACCAUCCCCGUCAAGGGCGGCGCGCCGCUGGUCCUCGACCUCGCCGGCCCGCUGGUCUGGUCCCCGUGCCAGCCCGGGCACCGCACCGUCCCCUGCAAGUCCAGCGUGUGCACCGUCGCCAACCGGAACCACCCGGCCAGCUGCGCGUCUACGGGCGCCGGCCAGCCGGGGUCCCCCGACCCCAGCUGCGCCUGCACCGCGUACCCGUACAACCCGGCCAGCGGCCAGUGCGGCAGCGGCGACCUCACCAGAACGCCCCUGUCCGCCAACGGCACGGACGGCAGGAACCCGCUGUUCCCGGUGUCCUUCCCCGCGUACGCGUCCUGCGCGCCCGACGGGCUCCUGGCGUCGCUCCCCUCGGGCGCCGCCGGCGUCGCGGGGCUGUCGAGGCAGCCGCUGUCGCUGCCGUCCCAGGUCGCGUCCAGGCUCAAGGUGGCGAAGCAGUUCGCGCUGUGCCUCCCCGGCGUGGCCAUCUUCGGCGGCGGCCCGUUCGAGCUCCAGGCCGCCCCGCCCAUGGAGCUCGCCGAGGGCCUCCGCGAGAAGGUGGUCCCGCUCCUCGUGAACCCCAAGAACAAGGGCGCCUACUACAUCCGCGUCCACGGCGUCGCCGUCAACCAGGCGCAGGUGCCCGUGCCGGCCGGCGCCUUCGACCUCGACCGCCGCCAGGGCACGGGCGGCGUCGUGCUCAGCACCGUCACGCGGUACACCACGCUGCGCUCCGACAUCUUCAGCCCGCUGAUCAACGCGUUCGACGCGGCCACCAGCGGCAUCCCGCGCCGGAAGCCCAUGCCGCCCUACGACCUGUGCUACGAGGCGUCGGCGUUCGUCUCCACCCGGGUCGGCCCCGGCGUGGCGAACAUCGACCUGAUGCUCGACGGCGGCCGCACAUGGACGCUGCCCGGCGCCAGCUCGCUGGUGCAGGUGGACGAGCGGACGCUGUGCUUCGCGUUCCAAAAUAUGGGGUUCGGGGCGACGGUGACCAACUCGCCGGCGGUCAUCAUCGGGACCCACCAGAUGGAGGAUAACCUGGUGCUGUUCGACCUGGAGAAGGGGACGGUCGGGAUCAGCGGGCUGCUCUUGGGAUUGCGCACCACCUGCAGCAACUUCAACUUCGCCAUGGGGAGCUCGUAGAAGUGAACCUUUCAACUUCCAUGCAUGGCCGUAUGAGUCCAGCGCCACGCCGCCACCGUUUGGUUUCUGACUGUCUAUUUCCAUGACCUCGUUUCAGUACCUGUGGCGCAUCAGUUAGUUUCUGUGUACUGUCGUUUUAGCAACCGAAAUAAAAAUGCCUCGACUCCUCAGGAACAGGGAGUCCCUUCAUCUCGCCA